AAUCAACCCUCCCCGGCUCUAUCGCGACUUUCUCCGUUUUGAAACCGAAAUUCCGUCACCUCUCCCCUCCGAGCCAUCGCCCCCCACCCCCCACCAACACCGUUCACUUCCACAAGCGUCCUCCAUCGCUAUGCUUUCCCGGGCAGCCAGACCCGCCCUUCAACGGGCAGCCGCUGCUUCUUGCAGGCCGGUCCUCUCCAACAACUAUGCCACUCUGCGCGAGAUUGAAGGUCGUCUCAAGUCGAUCAAGAACAUCGAGAAGAUCACCAAGACCAUGAAGAUUGUCGCUUCUACCAAGAUGAACCAGGCUCAGAAGUCCAUGGCCGAAUCUCGGAUCUACGGAAAGACGUCCAACAAGCUUUUCGAGGAGGCCGAGGCUCAACCCAGCGAGACCGGCAAGACCCUCUACAUCGUCUCGUCGUCCGACAAGGGACUUUGCGGAGGUGUGCACUCGAGUUUGUCGAAGGCUGUGCGUCUGAAGUUGCUCGCCAACGAGAAUGCCGACCUUGUCGUCAUGGGCGAGAAGUGCAGGGCGCAACUCGGAAGAUCGAACGCGAGGAACAUGGUGUUGAGCUUCUCGGGUAUCGGAAAGGACGUUCCCACCUUUGCGACCGCCCAGGCCAUCGCAAACCAGAUCAUGGCGCUGGACACCGAGUACGACAAUGUCGAGAUCGUAUACAACUCGUUCUUGACCCCCGUCUCGUACGAGGCUACCACCAUGAACGCCUACUCUGAGGAGUCGAUGAAGGCUGCUGCCAACAUCUCCGCCUUCGAGAUUGAGGAUGAGCAGCUCCCCAACCUUCGUGAGUUCGCUCUUGCCAACUCCAUCUACUGGGCUCUUGCCGAGGGCUACGCCUGCGAGAUUGCCGCUCGUCGUAACGCCAUGGAUAACGCUUCCAAGAACGCUGGAGAGAUGAUUGGCAAGUUCCAGAUUCUGUACAACCGUACCCGACAGGCUGUCAUCACUGGUGAGCUGGUCGAGAUUAUCACCGGUGCCGCCGCUUCCGCCGAGUAAGCAAGUACAAAAAAAAGGACAGGACUUCGAAAAAAGGAUUGUUUUUUUUCCCUUGUAUAAUGCUUCGGAAUGGACGAACGGAAGUACGGAUGAUGGAUGCAUGCGGGUGGAGGGGGGCGACUGUAUCUUAGUUUUGUCGGAAGGCGGAUUUCGCAGUACAAUAGAAUCGCGUGUCUUGCUUUCCACUGAAUGCCGAGCGACUGUCGAUGUUUCCAGCAAUGUAUCUAAGGACUCAUCUAGAGUAAAUGUUCCAUUCAAGUA